AUGGCGCUCUUCCCACGCUUCAGUCCAUCCUACGCCCCAUACCAUCGCCACGAGUACACACCAUUCUUCAAACUCUUCGACGACACAUUCUCCGAACUCCAAAAGAUCUCCGACAACGCCCAGAAGAGCUUCAACCCCAAAUUCGACGUCAAGGAGGAGAAGGACAAAUACAUCCUCGAAGGCGAAUUGCCGGGCAUCGCACAGAAGGACGUGAGCAUUGAAUUCGCCGACGAACAGACCCUCACUAUCAAAGGCCGCACCGAGCAUGUCCGAGAAGAAGGCCAGAAACCAGGCACUGGCGCUGCUGAAAGUCAAAAGCAAGGUGACCAACCUGCGCAACAGGAGGGUGGUCAACAGACACAAAAUGGCCACUCGUCAACUCAAGUCGCAACCACAGGCGGCAAAGAAGUCGGCAAGCACCAGCCAGAACACACCUACUGGGUCACCGAACGCAGCGUUGGCGAGUUUGCACGCAGCUUCUCCUUCCCCAACCGUGUUGACCAGGAGAAUGUCCGUGCCAGCUUGAAGAACGGCAUCCUCAGCGUCGUCGUUCCCAAGUUACAGAAGGUCAACACCUCCAGGAAAGUUGAAAUCAGUGACGAGUAA